AUUGGGAAGCGGGAGCUUAUCCAGGCGGUCAAGGAUCAGGCGCAGCUCUCGGGGCCUCAGGCUGAUGCGGCGGUGAACGCCCUGCUGGACACCAUUGUGGGCACGGUGGCCAAGGGCCAGCGGGUGGCCAUCACCGGGUUUGGCGUGUUUGAGGCGCGCACGCGGGCGGCUCGCCGCGGCCGCAACCCCAAGACGGGCGAGGAGCUCCAGAUUGCCGAGACUGUGGCGCCAGCCUUCAGCGCAGGC